AUGACAAAAAGGCUCAAACAACAUUCCAUAAGCGAGAAGAAUUCCUCAUUAAUUUUUGAUGUAAUAUCGAGACGAAGUGGAGUUUAUCCAUCUUCGCUUACAAAUUGGGCUGAAGAAACCAUUUUAUAUGAAAAUCUUCAUUGUCUUAUCAGUUUUUCAUUAUUCAAGUCAUUAUUAAUUGUUGAUAAUUCAGACGCUGUUUUUAGAUUACUCACUUAG